AUGCUCGCCCUCGCCCGUGCCAGAGCCGUCUCCCGCCCCCUCAACCGUCUCGCCAGGGGCUACGUCGCCGCCUCCCAGACUCACCGCGCUGCUGAGGCUCCCAACUUCGGCCAGAAGAAGGGCUACCCAAUCAUCGACCAUGAAUUUGACGCCGUCGUCGUUGGUGCUGGUGGUGCCGGUCUCCGAGCUGCUUUCGGUCUUGCCGAGGGUGGCCUCAAAACUGCUUGUAUCACCAAGCUCUUCCCUACCCGAUCCCACACCGUCGCCGCCCAAGGUGGUGUCAACGCCGCUCUCGGUAACAUGACUGAGGACGACUGGAGAUGGCAUAUGUACGACACUGUGAAGGGUUCCGAUUGGUUGGGUGACCAGGACGCUAUCCAUUACAUGUGUCGAGAAGCUCCCAACACUGUCGUCGAGCUCGAACACUACGGUGUCCCCUUCUCCCGAACCAAGGAGGGCAAGAUCUACCAGCGAGCUUUCGGUGGUCAAUCAUUGCAAUUCGGCAAGGGUGGUCAGGCUUACCGAUGUGCCGCCGCCGCCGACCGAACCGGCCACGCUAUCCUCCACACCCUCUACGGUCAAUCCCUCCGACACAACACCAACUUUUUCAUCGAAUACUUUGCCGUCGACCUCUUGAUGCAAGACGGCGAAUGUGUCGGUGUCCUCGCCAUCAACAUGGAAGACGGUACCCUCCACAGGUUCCGAUCCCACAAGACCGUGCUGGCUACCGGUGGUUACGGCCGAGCAUACUUUUCUUGUACCUCUGCCCACACCUGUUCCGGUGAUGGUAACGCCAUGGUCGUCCGAGCUGGCUUGCCUCUGCAAGAUUUGGAGUUUGUCCAGUUCCACCCUACCGGUAUCUACGGUGCCGGUUGUUUGAUUACCGAGGGUUCUCGAGGUGAGGGUGGUUACCUCGUCAACUCUGAGGGUGAGCGAUUCAUGGAGCGAUACGCCCCCACCGCCAAGGAUCUUGCUUCCCGAGACGUCGUCUCCCGAUCCAUGACCCUCGAAAUCCGAGAAGGCCGAGGUGUCGGACCCGAAAAGGACCACAUCUACCUCCAGCUCUCCCACUUGCCCUCUGAAAUCCUGCACGAGCGACUCCCCGGUAUCUCCGAGACCGCCGCCAUCUUUGCCGGUGUCGACGUCACCAAGGAGCCCAUCCCCGUCCUCCCUACCGUCCACUACAACAUGGGCGGUAUCCCCACGAAAUACACGGGUGAAGUCCUCACCGUCGACGAGCAGGGCAAGGACAAGGUCGUCCCCGGCCUUUACGCUGCGGGUGAAGCGGCCUGUGUCUCGGUGCACGGCGCGAACCGAUUGGGCGCCAACUCGUUGCUUGAUAUCGUCGUCUUUGGUCGAGCUUGUGCGAACCACAUCAGGGAGACCCUUACGCCCAACACGCCUCACAAGCCUAUGAACCCCGAGCUCGGCAAGGAGUCUAUUGACAAUUUGGACAAGAUUAGGAAUGCUAGUGGACCUUUGCCCACGAGCCAGAUCAGGCUCAACAUGCAAAAGACUAUGCAAACGGAGGCUGCCGUCUUCCGGCAAUCUUUGGAUGCUGGCGUUGCGCAGAUGAAGGAGGUGUACAAGUCUUACGACCAAGUUGGUAUCAAGGACCGAAGCAUGAUCUGGAACUCCGAUCUUAUCGAGACCCUUGAACUCCGAAACAUUCAACAAUGUGCUAUGCAGACUGUCGUUUCCGCCGCCGCCCGAAAGGAAUCUCGAGGUGCCCACGCCCGAGAGGACUACCCCGACCGAGACGACGAGUCCUGGAUGAAGCACACCCUCUCCUUCCAACGCGACCCCGAAUCACCAGAGGUCGAGCUCCAAUACCGAGGUGUCAUUGACACUACUCUGGACACAAACGAGUGCAAGCCUGUGCCUCCUUUCAAGCGUACUUACUAG